CAACUUAUAAUUCGUUGUUGUCAUCUAAAAACAUGUAUAAAUGCUCUACAAUCAUUGUGGUAAUUAUUCGAAGCUUGCAAGAUCUGGAAGACAGUCUCGAAUCAUCAAUAUUGGAGAAAUAAUUAAACAUGGCGUUCCGAGUUUUUCUUCUGGUGUUACCAGCUUUGGCACUAGCGAACAUCGAGAUAGACUUAUCUGGGACCAUCGACAAAAAUCCAAAAUUAGACUUCUCAGGUCAAGAAGUUGACAUAAUCAGCGAUUCAGAAAGGCAGCUAUUCCAACUUAGCGACAGCAAUUUGAAGCAGGGGGUUUCUGCCUAUUUCGGGGGUAGUCCAGAUGAUGUUUACCUAAAAAGCCCAACGCCAUGGGGAGAUUUGUUCAAAUCGUACGGCUGGCAUCAAGUAGCUAGAACUUUAGCGCCAAAAAGCGGUAAAAUUUUGUCUGUCUCCUCUCAACCACAGAUUGUAUUGAAGCAAUAUUUCGAAAACAACAGUUCUAAACCUGCCAUGUUCAACGUCGGUAUAUCCCAAGCUGUGCAAAAUACUAUGAAAUCAUCUUGGAGUAAAUCUGAUGGAUACACUAUUGGAAGUGAAAUUAAUUAUGGGUUCGAUAUUGAAUUCGCUAAAGUUGGCGGGAAAACAUCCUUCAACUUUACAUCAGCUUGGGGCUCGACUAAGGAAAAGUCUGAAACUGUAACCGUGGGUUCUACAUCUCAAAUGCAAGUCUUACUGCAGCCUGGUCAGUCUGUGGUCGCAGAACUGCAAGCUACAAGGGGCGCUUUGAAAGUUCAAAUGGAGUAUGAAGCCACUUUAUCGGGAGCUUUAGCUACGAAUUACAACACUCCGCACAAGGGUCAUCACUUCUGGGGUCUUGAUGUCAACUCUGUCAUGUCGCACGCCGGCUUGGAGAGGACCAAAAUGUCAACGCAGUACAUAGAGGUCGCAUUCUUUUCCAAUUCCCAAGUAAUUGUUUACGACAAAAAAUCAAAGUUGAGAAUCAUGAAAGUUGACUUUUGAAUUGAGUGAUGGAUUUUAAUUAGCUAUAUUUCUGUUCUGUGUAGAUGUGUGAAA